AUGUUCGCAUGUGGCUUGAUAAUACGUUGGGUCUUCCUCCCGCGGCCUCCACUGGUUGUCAUCAAGUCAUCCGGCUGGCAACGGUAUAGUAGUGCCUUUCGUCGUAUCCGUAUACCUACCGUGAAGUACGUUUCAUCUACGUGGAUCAAAGAUCUGAGUAUGCAAGUUAUCAGACGUGCGUAUCUACAAUCCUGCGGGGAAAGUGUCCCGGAGAAUCCGCUACGCCUUCCAAGGCCAAGGUCGACAAGGGACGACCAACGUGGCCCUGUGGGCCAAGACCGAGUAUGA